AUAAGUUGUUCAUCUUUGAUUAUAGUAGUAUUUUUCUUUCAUUACAAAAUAUUGUUUUAAAGUGUUUUCAUUAUGAACCAUGCAGUCCGAGCAGUGGAGCCUCGACGUCGUUCCCAAACAGCAGACCCUGCACCCGCUCCCAGGAGAGCGGACCAUGGUCCCGCUCCCCAGAACGCGAUCAUUGUAGGCAGAGGUGAGGAGCGUUCGGAUCGUCGAUACGUUGCAGUCGAAAUAAAACAGCUUGAAGAUGCCUGGACUGAACAUAUUUUGUUAGAGAAAAAGCUAGAGGCUAUGCUUUCUAAAGAGCUUAAAGCUGAGACUCGUUUUGAACAAGUUAAGAGCCAGCUUCGUCAUGCAGGGAUGACAUUUGCUCGAGGUUCGCUUCCGUUCGGCCCAAGUCCUUCUCCUAAUCAUCAUCAUGCCGAUCAGACAGCGAUCGUUACUGUCGGACAUGAGGGGCAUCGUCGUGGUACACGUGAAGCGACUGUUCCAAUCCGAUUUGAUGAGCUCCAAGCUGCCUUGCUUCGCCUUAGCAUGACAAAAGCAGAUCUGAAAAAAGCGACUUCCAAUGAGCGUGAAUUUCGGAUUAAAAUUGAACAAGGUGAGGAACAGCUUCGUCGUGCCGCAAUUAGACCUUCUCAAGGUUUGCUUCCAUCCACCGUACCGACAACCCGCCUAAGCAGCACCUACCGUAGCAGCACCAGCACCCACCGGAGCAGCAGAUAGUUUCACUGUUGGCUCAUUGGAGAUGCUUUUUCUAUUUCUCCCUUGUCUUGUAGUCUUCCAAGUGGUAAUAAUCAAAAACUCUUUUU